AUGUAUUCUUCUUCAAUCACACCAGAAUACGAAGCUGCGAAUGAGAAGUAUGCUACAGACUUUGACAAGGGUGAUCUUGCCCUCCCACCAUCCCGAAAAGUAGCCAUAGUGGCAUGUAUGGAUGCUCGCCUUGAUCCAGUUCAGAUCCUAGGAAUUGAGCUGGGCUCAGCGCAUGUCAUUCGCAACGCAGGCGGUCGAGCAGCUGACGCUCUUCGCUCGAUUAUCAUCUCGCAACAACUUCUCGGCACCAGAGAGAUUGUCAUUGUCCACCAUACUGACUGUGGUAUGCUCACAUUUUCUGAUCUCGACCUGAAGGCCAAGGUCAGAAACGAUCUCGACCAAGACGUGGAUCACAUUGCCUUUUUGCCCUUCGGAGAUCUUGAGCAGAGUGUUCGUGACGAUGUCAAAUUUCUGAAGAAGAGUCCUUUGGUGUUGGAUGUUCCUAUCACCGGAUACGUCUACGAUGUCAAAUCUGGAAAGAUUACAGUGAAGAUCAGAUAG